AUGGAAUCAUGCAAGACAACUGUCAUUGGCUAUGGCAGUAGCUACUGCCAUAAAAUAUUAGGUAGCCCAGCCCGCAAUGGGGUCUGGUUGGAAGCAGAGAGGUGGAAGGUGGUAUCCAUGUUUGAGGUGAUGCAUCAGUUCCUGGAAGGGCAGGAGUGCCUCCUGGGGAAACUGGAAGAACUGGAGCAGGAUGUCCGAAAGGGCCAGGAGGAGUUGGUGGCCUCGGUCUUUGCAGAGUUAGCCCAGCUCAAGACCCUGAUCUCCGAGCUGGAGGAGAAGAGUCAGCAGGAGGAAGCUGAGCUGCUGGAGGGCAUCACUGGCUCCCUGAACAGGUUCCAGGGGAGGAAAUUCCUGAAAUGGAAUACUAUUUCCCAGGAAAUGGAGAGAAGAAUGAGUGGUUUAUCUGGGAAGAUUACUUUCCUACAGAAGAAUGUCAAGAAAUUUCAAGGGAAACUACUGAGAGAACUGGAGUCCAACCCAGCUUGUCCAAGUAGUGACCUGCCCAAGAUUGUAAGGACAAGUGAACUGCAUUUCCUUCAGUCAAACAAUGCCUCCUGGUUUCCUGAAACCCACUUCCAUGUCUUCCUAGUACCCUGUAACCUGGCUUCCCUGCCCACCCUCCCAACCACUAGAGACACUCCAGGAGGGCUGCUGGCCACCAGACAGGGACACAGCCCACGACUGUACCUCCACGUUGAUGUCGGAGAAUCCCCGGAUGGAGCAUGCACCAAGACCAGGGCCCAGAACCCCUGCUAUGCCCACAUUUCUGAUUGCCAGUGGAGUUAA